GGAAACCCGAUUGCGUAAACCACGAGUCCUGAAAUCUGAAGAUGAAGAUUUCAGCACUCGUGGGGGCACCGACACUGGCUUCGAGGCUACUGUUUUUUACUUCCUUAAUUUGGUUUACUUGGAAGUUGGCACUGCGCAUGGAGGAAGCAUAUUCUGAAGUGCUAACCAAGGGUUGUACAGCAGUUGAGCUGAUUUGAUUGUUGAAGAGGAGCGUGUGCAUUUCCAAAGGAUCAGAUUCCCAAUCGGUUUUUCAGAUAGGUGUCCAAGCUUUCUGGGUUUUGGAUUUGUGAAGCUGUCGAACCUCGGGGUGAAGGAUUGGUCCCUUUUAUGAGAAUUGAAUUCUUUGUGGUAUCUUUCAAUCCAGCUGCGUAUUUCGAUUUGGGUGCUACUCGCUGUGCCACCUGUUUUAUUAAUAAUCUGUGCUUUCGUGGGAGUAAUCACAAUUGGAAAUUUGAAGUGGACAUGGGGAACGGAACAAGUAAAGAGGAGCAGCUGUAUCAAGCAGUCCAAACUGGAAAUGUUAGGGUUGUGAAGGCUCUACAACAUGAUGGAACAUCUUUAGAGUUCGUGGACAAAGAGGGUCGUACUCCUCUGCAUGUAGCAUGCGCAAGUGGAAACAUGUUCGAUAUGGUGUUAACCCUCCUCAAUUUAGGAGCCAAUGUAAAAGCUUAUCAACCUGGGUCCCAUGGAGGCACGCCACUACAUUUGGCUGCAAAGAAUGGUUCAGAUAGAAUUGUGUACUUGUUACUAUCACGUGGAGCGGAUCCGCUUGCUGUAAAUGAUGAUGCUUUGACGCCGUUGGAUUUGGCACGAAAUCGGGGUCAUCUAUCUGUUGUACGGAUCAUUGAGAAUCGUGUAGCUUUAUUUUCUGGGAUGCUUCGGGAGCUGUCGGGACCUAGCUUUUUAGAACAACUCGCACCUCAAUGGAUCACAAAGGGGAUUUGGGCUGUAGUGGUGCCAACAGAGUCUAAUCCAAAGAGACCUCCCAAAUUUGAGCUCGUUAUUUAUAAAUCUCCAACGGAUCCUUUACCACGUACUCUUAUUCCACUCGUUAGGGCUGAGGUGGAGGAACCCAAGUUCAGCUUACCUGACCCAGUUCUAAUAUUAACAGACAAGGGCACAAGAACGAAGUAUAAGUUCAUGGCUGAGGUUCCAGGUGAUAAGGCAAACUUGGAACGUUUUUAUAAGGCUUGUAUAGGACCGGCUCUGCCACACCAGUUACCACUUGCCAACAAUCAACAAACUUCAACACCAAGUUUUCUUAAGCAACCUUCAGAGAGUGACAUAGCUCUGCAGAUGGCUAUGGAUGCAUCUUUGCGCACGGCUGCUGAUGAAGGAGUUAUUCUGGGUGGUUGGAGGGACAAUGACAAAGAAUUGGGUUCAGGCUUCAAUGGGUGGGACGUUGCCUCUGAAGCCGGACCUAGCAGUAGCGUGCCACUUGCAGAAGAAGUUGCUGAGCCCGAACAUGAGAAAGCACUCAUUCCAGCAUCCAAACCCAUUGAAACGCACAACACUACGUCAAUCCCUUCGACUCCGACAUCAUCAACACCAUCAGCUCCACCAUCAGCCCCGCCUCUACCCCCAGUACUUCUAAGCGAAGAUGGUGAUCCAAUUCACUACCCAUCGGUUGAUACAUCACCAGUUGAGACUGAUUACGCAGCUGACGCACAGCCUGUACAAUCUUCAGCUCCCGCAUCCACGGUGACUGGAGAGAAAAGUGGUCAGUGUGUUGUUUGUUGGGAUGCUCCAGCUCAGGUUGUGUGCAUCCCCUGCGGUCAUUUGGCGGGUUGCAUGGAUUGCCUGUCUGAGAUCAAAGAGAAAGGUUGGGGUUGUCCCGUGUGCCGGACUGCUAUUCAGCAGCUUAUCAAGGUGUACGCUGUAUAAAAUUAGCUCUUUCUUAAGUCUGUAGAUAGAUGCAAUAUUUGCGCACAAUUCCUGCAUUGCUAUUCAACUUUGCAGUGCAGGUUGGGUAGCAUAGGCUAUUUUGUAUAGUAGUUUUUUUCUUUUUCUUUUUUUGACACGACUGGGAUACACUAGUUGCAAAAAUCGAGAGUGUAAACAAAACAAGAUAGUCUUGGCUCUAAUAUCUUUGUUUUUUUAGGCAAUGCUACGAGUGUAAUCCAAAUCUUACUUGCUUAAUUCUUA